AUGUCGUCAAGUUUUAAUUUUGAAGCUUUCAAUCUUCUUGAAGACAAUGAAUGGGAAGAAAAAAUUGUUGAACAAAAUCAGCAAAUCGAUCAACUAAUCGAGGAUAUAGCUAUUUGGCCAACAACCUUGCCUUCACCACCUGCAACCCAGACAGCUAGAGCUAAAAGGAGAUACAUUGAAAGGAAACACGAAGAGGGUCAUGAUACUAUUUUCGAGCAGUACUUUGCUGAAGAUCCAAUCUAUCCUCCAGAUUCUUUUCGAACAAGGUAUCACAUGCGAAAACCUUUGUUUGAAAAAAUAAUGAACAAGCUCACCGACACCGACAACUUUUUUGUGCAAAAGCGUGAUGCUACUGGUCGACUUGGUAUGUCUGCAAUUCAGAAAUGUACAGCAGUGAUGAGGAUGUUGGCCUACGAGGCAGCGGCCGAUUUGCACGACGAAUAUUUGAGAAUGAGCGCACAACUCAUUCGCAAAUCUCUCAUCAAGUUCGUUGAAGGUGUAAUUUCUAACUUCGGCAAUGAGUACUUGCGAAAACCCAACGAAGAAGACUUGGCAAGACUUCUGCAUAUUGGAGAACAACGUGGGUUUCUAGGCAUGUUGGGUAGUAUUGACUACAUGCAUUGGGAAUGGAAGAAUUGUCCCACUUCAUGGGCUGGACAAUAUGCCGGAAGAAGCGGGAGUCCGACAAUCAUCUUGGAAGCAGUAGCAUCUCAAGAUCUGUGGAUAUGGCAUGCUUUUUUUGGAACUCCAGGUUCGAGAAAUGAUAUUAACGUGCUUGAUCAAUCUUUUGUUUUUGAUGAUAUUUUGGAAGGUCGAGCACCAAAGGUCAAUUACAUAGUAAAUGGCCACGAAAAAAAUAUGGGAUAUUAUCUCACUGAUGGCAUAUAUCCUCAAUGGGCGGCAUUUGUCAAAUCUAUCCCAGGUCCACAAACGAUGAAGCACAAGUUGUUUGCUCAACAUCAAGAGUCCGCGCGAAAAGAUGUUGAGGUGUUUUGCAAGCUCGUUUUGCUUUUAUCAAAUGUCCAUGUCUUAUUUGGGAUCGUGAUAUUAUGGGGAAAGUAA